UUCGGGCUCGUCGUCGUCGUCGUCUCCCCUCCCCCCACCUGACUUGAGACGGGGAGAUGCGGAGGCCGUCGCCUUCGCCGCCGGCGGCGAGGGGCCCGGCGCUCGCCGCUGCGGCGGCCGUCGUCGUGCUACUUCCGUCCAUCUUCCCCGCGAUCUUCACCCCGCUUGGCCGCGCCUUCCCUUCCCUCUUCUCGGAGUGGAAUGCCCCUAAGCCAAUGCAUGAGUCUCUUCUGAAUGAGGCUUUGCGGCGAACAAUUUCAAACGAACAAAAGAGAGAGCUGUGGUCACCAUUGCCGUACCAAGGUUGGAAACCAUGCUUGAAGUCAUCAAGUGUUCACGGGGUACCUUUGGAACCCACUGGAUAUAUCCAAGUAUUUCUUGAUGGUGGACUGAAUCAGCAAAGAAUGGGGAUAUGUGAUGCGGUUGCUGUUGCUAAAAUUCUGAAUGCGUCUCUUGUGAUCCCACAUCUUGAAGUAAAUCCUGUUUGGAAAGACACAAGCUCCUUUGAAGAAAUUUUUGAUGUGGAUCAUUUUAUCAACACCUUAAAAGCUGAAGUUUCAAUAGUCAAAGUUCUCCCAAAAAAAUUUUCCUGGAGCACAAGAGAGUACUAUGGUACAGGCAUCCGUGCUACAAGAAUAAAAACCGCACCUGUUCAUGCCUCUGCAAGUUGGUAUCUGGAGAAUGUCAGUCCUAUCCUUCAAAGCUAUGGCAUUGCUGCCAUUGCCCCCUUUUCUCACCGUCUUGCAUUUGAUGACUUGCCUGUGGACAUUCAGCAUCUGCGUUGCAAAGUUAACUUCCAAGCUCUUGUUUUCCUGCCUCACAUUAUCUCACUGGGGGAGACUCUUGUGAAACGCUUGAGAUCUCCCGUCCAGGGCCAAUCUGGUGAACUUAUCCAAGAAGUUGGAGAAGACACAAACCAAGCCGGAAAAUAUGCAGUUUUGCAUCUCCGUUUUGAUAAGGAUAUGGCUGCACAUUCUGCUUGUGACUUCGGUGGUGGCAGAGCUGAGAGAUUAGCUCUGGCUAAGUACAGACAAGUCAUCUGGCAAGGGAGGGUAUUAAAUUCACAGCUAACUGAUGAGGAGCUUCGGAACUUGGGACGCUGCCCAUUGACUCCAGAAGAAAUUGGGCUGUUACUGGCAGCUCUUGGAUUUGACAGCAGAACUCGAAUCUAUCUAGCCUCUCACAAGGUAUACGGCGGGGAAGCCAGAAUUUCUAGCCUGCGCAAACUUUUCCCCCUAAUGGAGGACAAGAGGAGCCUUGCGUCGGAAGAGGAGCUGACUAAUGUUGAAGGCAAGGCUUCUGUUCUAGCAGCUCUUGACUACUAUAUCAGCAUGCACAGCGACAUUUUCAUCUCUGCAUCUCCUGGGAAUAUGCACAACGCACUGAUGGCUCACCGUACCUUUGAGAAUAUGAAGACCAUAAGGCCAAACAUGGCAUUGCUUGGGCGCAUCUUUGUUAACAAGAGCAUGGAGUGGUUGGAAUUUCAGGAGGCUGUACAAGCAGGGCACAAGGGUAGAUACGGGCAAAUCAGACUGAGGAAACCAAAGCAAUCUAUUUAUACUUACCCUGCUCCAGACUGUAUGUGUCAAGGGUAGACUGCUAAAUUUUGCAACAAAAGACUAGAUUCUUUAGUGUGUGAAGCUGAAGGAUUUUUGCUCGGCGACCAGUGAAUGUUACAAUGAGGUUCUAAUUGUUGUCAGUUUCUUAGGACGACAAGGUUCUUUGGAUAUAGGGUUGGGAAGAAGUUUUGGUUGACCCAAGCAUUCAGCUGACUUAAUUUUUACCCUAGAAAAAAAAUUCAGUCUCGUUCCACAUUCAGUGUAAAGGUUGUAGUUUCGUGAGUGAUGUAGACUUGGCAUAUUGUAUCUUUUUGUCCUUUCCGUACUACAUUCUGUGCAUAUGUAAGUAAACAUGGAUCUUUCGGCCGUGAACUUGUAAGCACACAUGUUGAGUUUCCACCAGGGUUGAACUUUUCGAUUUCAA